AUGUCCGCACCCUGCGUCACUUCGGGGGGAGGCGGGUCUCUCGCGGGGACACAAAUGGCCGAUGAGGAGGCGGAGCGUUUGGCUUUGACGGAGAAGUCCGCCUGCGCAGGCGGAGGGACAUCGGCGGAAGGCGAGAGGAGCGGCGGAAGCCCCCCGGGGAGGACGCGGCUGCUGGUGACGGGGUCGAUAGCGGUGUCGCUGCUGCUGUGGCUGCCUGUCUGGUGGUAUACCACACGCGUGUAUCGUGCGCCGCUGCCAUUUGCCGACAUCAGCAGCUUCACGCAUGACGUCACUGCGCAACCCAUAUCUCUCCCCAUCCACGUAGACGUUAUCUUCCUGCUCACUGCUCCACCGUCCAAUCAGCAAACGGAGCAGCAGCAGAAGCAGCAGCAGCAGCAGCAAGAAGCGUCUCCUGUUCUAUUCCCCACGUCUCAACUACAGGACACAGCCAAGGCGUCUCUCUCCGCCCUCUGCUCCCCUCACGCGUACCCCCAUGGCCAUAGCUAUAGCCCCGAUUCAGCAAACGGCGCUGCAUUGUGUGGCAGCAAGCAAGCGAGGUCUGUUACCCUGUGGGCUGUCCGCGGCGCUGCCUGCCAAUCAGCUCUCACCACGUCAGCAACAGCAACUGAACCGCUAGCAGCAUCGCCUGGGCAAGACUGGCCUUGCCACGUAGACUGGGCACAGGUGGUGGAUGCGGAAGCACAGCUCAGCGAAUCAGAGUUCGACACGUGGCUGGAUGGGCGAAUCCAGACCGCGUUUUCGCGCUCUAAUCUCUCAGAAUCCGCAUCUCCUCCCCCCAACCCCCCCUGGGACCCUGUGGUUCGGACUCAAAAGUGGGGUGGUCGCUAUGUGCUGCUGUUGAUAGAAGGACGAGACGAGAGUCAGGGGGAGCGGCGAAAGGAAAUGGAGAGUGGGGGUGAGAUGGGGAAGGGGAGGGAGUCGCCCGUGUGUGCGUCAGAAUGGGGAGAGGUGGUGGUGGGAAAGCACAGACAUGCAUGGAUGAACUUCCCGCCUUCCUCUUCUGCCUCCUCUUCAUCUCCCCAUCAAGACCACACAGGCCUCCCUCUGCUGCUCGCACCAAUGGCAGUGCAAUCUCUGGCGUCGCUGCUUGCUGCCGAUGCACCACCAUCAAGCAAUGCCAGCAGCAGCAGCAGCGGCAGGGCGGAGUUGCCAAUAGGGCCGGACAGUGCAGUGAGUGUGUCUUGGAGCCUGCUCAACGCCGACCCACACCAAUGGGCCUUCCAAUGGAACUUCCCAUCACUGCGGGCGUCUCUCCUGCGCCCCCUGCAAGCCGCCUUCAGCCCGCUGCUCACUCUCCACUUCCACAGCCAGGUGCUCUACUUUGCCCCAAUGGCAGCAGCAGCGAGGUGGAACGAGCGUGCGAGGGUGCAUGAGGUGCAGGCGUCUGACCUGCCCUUUGUGCUCAAUGCCGACACAUGGCACCUGCAUGCAUCGCUGCCGCUCAUGGCUCAUGGCCGAUCCAAGCUGCUGCAUGCCGUUGUCUACAUUCCCUCGCUCGCCACCUGUCCCCUCACCAUAGCCUCACACGCGCCCAACAACAACGGCAACCACCACUCACCAUCAGUGCCUCCAUCUGGGUUCAUAUCUCCUGGUUGGGGCUCUGUAAUCCUUUUUAACCCUCUUAACUGCUCCGCUCCGUCCUCCUCCUCGCCCUCCUCCACUUCAGACACCCCAUCAUAUGCCUCCCCUCACAUCCUCUCUCCCUCCUCCUUCACCCCUGUCCUCGCCCUCGCGAUAGCCCAACUGAGCAGCAGCAGUAGCAGCAGGGGCAGCAGUGGCAGCAGGGGAAGCAGCGGGGGAAGCAAGGGAGGAGUGGGGGCACGCAGUUUAUCAGCAGGGCUGAGGGGAGUGGCGGAGUGGGAGGUAGACUCGUUGCUGCGGCAACGGCUUCCAGCAGAUGAAGAAACCAUCGCAGCAUCUCUAUCGUCCGUUGCCGCCCUCGUGCAAUCACUGCCGUCCAUGGUUGUGCGCGAUGACAUCAGCGAGUUUGUAUUCUCUGCUCUGUCCUCUGCACGAGCAGCAAGAGAAGCAGCCAGUGAGGGGAGGUAUGAUGAAGCGCAGGCAGCACUGAGGAGGGCGAAACUGGCAGCCGAUGCUGCUCUAUUUCACCCAAGCAUGGAGGCUGGAAUUUUCUACCUGCUAGAGCAUCACCUUGCAAUUUACUCUGUCAGUACACCCCUCUCCUCCCCAUCACCGUACAUCACCCUCUCUCCUCCCCAUCACCAUACAUCCUUGCCUCCUUGCCUUCGAUGA